AUGGUGGCCAGUAAGGGCCUGGAAGCUGUUCAGUCUGAAGUCAGUGACUUAGACUGGGAAAGCACUUUCUUCCUGCGCCACCUUCCUGAAUCAAACAUUUCUGAAAUCCCUGACCUUGAAGAAGAUUACAGGAAGGCAAUGAAGGAGUUUGCUCUUGAAGUGGAGAAACUAGCUGAGCAACUUUUGGAUUUGCUGUGUGAGAAUCUGGGGCUGGAGAAGGGAUACUUUAAAAAGGCCUUUUAUGGGUGCAAAGGAUCACCAACCUUCGGCACCAAGGUCAGCAACUACCCGCCAUGUCCCAAACCAGAUCUGAUCAAGGGACUCAGGGCCCAUACUGAUGCUGGUGGCCUCAUCCUCCUCUUCCAGGAUGACAAAGUGAGUGGCCUCCAGCUCCUCAAAGAUGGCCAAUGGGUCGAUGUCCCACCCAUGAAACACUCCCUUGUCAUCAACCUUGGUGACCAGCUUGAGGUCAUUACAAAUGGCAAGUACAAGAGUGUCAUGCACCGUGUGUUAGCUCAACCUGAUGGCAACAGAAUGUCUAUAGCUUCAUUUUACAACCCAGGAAGUGAUGCUGUGAUCUACCCAGCACCUGCAUUGGUUGAGAAAGAAGCUGAAGACAUCCAACUCUAUCCGAAAUUUGUGUUCGAGGACUACAUGAAACUCUAUGCGGGACUCAAGUUCCAGGCCAAGGAACCCAGAUUCGAAGCCAUGAAGGCUAUGGAGUCCACUGUCAAGUUGGGCCCUAUUGCAACUGUUUAAGUCCCUCCAAAUGACUCAGAAAGUGUUCUGUCAAUAAAAGUAUAGUCUACUACUGAUGGAGUCUCAGUGUUUUGAGUUCAUUGUUGGGGAUUAGUUGUUUAAUUAAUUAUUUUAAGUUUUGCUUUUGUAGUUGCUUAAGAGUGUGUUGGCUUAGCUUGGAACAUAUAGUUUGAAAUAAGCCGAAAGGUUGGACUAAUAGGGCUCUUCUGUAGAGUCAAGUCUAGUUGUUGUGGUGCUGAUAAAUUACUUAAUGUAGAAAGUGACCAACAUGAAUCGCCUUUAUAUCAAACUAUCUUAAUAUUAUUCUAUCUCUUUGGCCUUA